CUGUCUUUAAUUAGAAGUCUUUUUUUUUCAGCUGCGGUGAUAAAAAAUCCAUGUGAAGAUCAUGUAUGUGGAUGGGGUAAAGAGUGCGUAGUUGGCAAGAAGAGCGAGCCGCACUGCGAGUGUAUCAGCAAGUGUCCCGAGCUUGAUGGGGAUCCGAUGGACAAGGUGUGUGCUAACAACAAUGAAACAUUCGUCUCUCUAUGCGAUCUUUAUCGUGAACGUUGCCUCUGCAAGAAGGGCUCCAAGCAGUGUGCCAAGAAAAGUCACGCUAAAGUCCACUUGGAAUACCUCGGCGAAUGCAAGCAGCUGAGCGAAUGCACCGAAGAACUGAUGGCUCAGUUCCCUGAACGCAUGGCUGACUGGCUCUUUCAGGUUAUGAAGGAGCUGAAAAAGCGUCGUGAACUGCACAAGCUCGAGUGGGAAGAACUCCUUCAGGAAGCCGAGGCUGAUGAUGAGAAGAGACACGUCUACCCCGUCAUCUGGAAAUUCUGUGACUUGGAUAUCAAGCCACACGAUAAGGCUGUUUCCCAUCACGAACUCAUUCCCAUUACUGCUCCCGUGAUUCCAAUGGAAUCUUGCAUUAAGCCGUUUUUGGAGGGAUGUGACACCGACAACGACGGAACUAUCUCUAUUCAUGAAUGGGGAAAAUGCCUGGGACUGAAAGAUGGUGAGGGCACUUAA